UGCCCCGCAUUUUGACCUAGUCACCCCCGCCACGGACUCGUCUUCGGUCACAUCAUCGGCAGGGAGGAGUGAACGACGGACGGCGAGAUGGAAACCGGCGCCACGGCCGAAGCGAAGCAAUGGCUGGCCAUCGCGCUUAGGCUCCUCGGGGAGCGGGAUCUUUCCGCGUGCAAGCGGUUCGCGGAGCGGGCGAUGGAGGCGGAUCCCCUUCUCGACGGCGUCGACCAGACCCUCGCCAUCGCCGACGUCCUCCUCGCUUCCCAGCGAUGGAUCAAUAACCACGUCGACUGGUACGCCAUCCUUCAGCUCCAGCCCCCCUCAGCUUCCUCCCCCUCCACUAACGCCGACAUGGCUGCCGUCAAGGGCCAGUACCGUCGGCUCGCGCUCCUCCUCCAUCCGGACCGCAAUAAGUUCCACGGAGCUGACUCCGCCUUUCGUCUUGUGACCGAUGCCUUUGCGGUUCUCUCGGAUCCCUCAAAGAAGUCCCUUUUCGAUGCCGAGCUCCACGUAGCCAACUCCUCCACCGCGAUGCCGUCUUCUCCUGACCAUACUUUCUCUUCCACCCCCACCCCUAUCUCCAAAGAUCCCUUUUGGACAGCCUGCCAAUCCUGCUGCUACGUGCACCAAUACUCUAGGGAGUAUCUAAACCAGACCAUCCGCUGCCCUAAUUGCCGCCAAGGGUUCCGAGCCACCAAGCUCGCAGCUUCUCCCCCGGUCGUUCCAGGCACCGACAUGUACUACUGCUCAUGGGGCUUCUUUCCUCUUGGAUUUCCUGGUGCUCCGGAUAUCUUCGCCAAAGGAGAUCUCAAUGCAGAGUGGAAACCGUUCUUUCCAAUGUCCUCCUGUUCACGAAUGAGCGAACCACUGAAAACUUCCAAUCAUCAGCAGCAAGAUAUGGCACGCUCAUCGUCGAAUCCACAUGGCAAGCCGCAGAAUAACGGGAACAAUGAGAACCUGGUGGAGCCAGAGUCGAUGCGGUCUGGUAUGAGGAGUAAGAAGAUGGCGGUGAAAAAAGUCGGGCGUCCAAGGAAGUAUCAUUUGGCUAGUGGGAACCAAGGGAAAAGUAGUGCAAGUGUUGAAUUGCCUAACGUUCCUGAGCCAUGGCCAGUCAGUGAGGCAAUGCCUAUAAACAUUGGAGGAGUCCAAGGUAGAGAUAUAAAUAUCAAUCAAGAAAUUAAGACUGGUUCUGAGGAUGGAGUCCAUGCAGUUGAUGAUUAUACUAUUAACUUUCAUAUAGAUGUUAAUGCUACUGAUGAAAUUCUAGACAACCUUCAGAAUCUUCCCUUUCUGAGGGAUGAAGAGCUGCAUCUGCGGAUGCCUUAGUGUACUAGUUUUUCAGUUCAAGGUGACAAAUGAUCACUUGUAAUGCCGCUGUAUUUUGAUUGGUCAGCAUUGUUGUAUUGGAAUCCUGACCACCAUUGUUUUAGUUAUCUUUUAUCAGUUCGUAAUCCUUGUAACUUUAUAAGGACUGCUUAAUGGGGAUUUGACUUCCUGAACUCCGAUUGCAUGGAAAGUGUUUUGUGACUUCUGCUAUUUGUGAAGGAAGAUUUCUGUGAAAGGUACUCCUUUUUAUCCUUA